UUUUAGACCUUCAUUUUCCUGAUUUCCUGAACCAAAAUUUCUUCUCAUUUUUAGAUUUCAAAUUCAAUAUGGCAGCGGAUGUCGAAAACAAUAUUUUAUUACUCAAACCAUUCACUCCAAAAUUAAUCGAACCACAAACGGAAAAUUUACACAGUUGUGCAAUUUGUGAAUCUACUGCUCUUUACAAAUGUCCAAAAUGUUUAAUAAGAACGUGUUCAGCAAAAUGUUCAAAAACGCAUAAAGAGAAAAACAAUGGUUACUCAAACUUCAAGGAGGAUACAAGCAUUGAAGAUCAGCAAUUCUUACAUCAAAUUAAACAACGAAAAAAUAAUUCAGACGUGACAGAAUGCUUGCUCAAAACAGAAAAAAUAGAAGUUACCUCACUCAAUACACAAAAUUCGAAUGAUAACCAAAAGCCAAAACUUUCUUAUAAUGACCAAUCCUUACUCAAAAGUGCUCAGUUUCGACGUAUUUGGCUGUUACCAUCGAAUAAUUCAAAAGAUUUUGGUUCUUCACGUAUUGAACAAUUUUCUGAUACAAUUUUUUGGAAAUGUACUGUCAAGUUUGCAUAUCGGGCGCCAGUUGAAGAGACUGAAGAAAUGAACGAAUCUUCGAUUAAAAAUGAGGAAAGUUUUCAAGAGGAUGAAACUUUUGAUGACCAAGCUUCUUCAUCUAUUAUUACACAUUUGGCCAAACCACUUGUUGAUUAUGAAGUUGAAGAUGGCGAAGAAUUGAAGAUUUCUGACGACAAUAUUCUUGAUGUUAAAGAAGAAAAAGUUGAGAAAGAGGAAGGAGAAAUUGAAACAGAAGUGAAAACUGAAGAAAAACAAUUUGCUGACAAUGAGGGUAAUGAACAACUUGAUGAUGAAAAAAUGAUUGAAGAUGUCAAUUCAUAUCAGGAACCACUUCCUCCAUUAAAAUGGCUUUCUUACACUGUUCAAAACAUUCCUGAAUCAAUCCGUGUUUCUACACUCUUGCGACAAUUUCUUAGACCUAAACCUUAUGGGACAGUUAUAUCUAAAUCAGAGCUUGACAUGGAUUUUCUACAACAAUUUACUACCGCAUCAAAUUCAAUUAUCGACCCUGCAAAUGAUUUAGACAAGGAAUGUGUGAGAGAUCAGCUGACCGUUUACUCUGAGGUUGCAUUACCUCUCGGAAAGGAGGAAGACGAAGUUACAAGUGAAAAUGAUUGUCAAAGUGAAGCAGAAUUAAGAUAUUAUCCGGUUAGUCCACAACAAACUAUUUUGGAAAAUUUGCGCAAUCGUUAUGUUGUUGGACAUCCUUGUUUUGUGGUCUUCUUACGACGAGAAAAUGAAUUUGGAGAGUUUGAAUUUCCUAUGGUGGGUGAAGUAGAACAGGCUUUGCUUAAUGCUGAACGUGAAAGGACGGUUGUAGUUAAAGAUCGACCAAGAUGGCAAAACCGCAGCAGAAAUUCCGAUGGUCGAGGAUUUCGAAAUGGUGGUCAAUUUCAGCACAAUUCUCGUCAACAUAGACAUGGAGGGAAAAAAGGUGGUGGCCGUCAACGCUUGUCAGAACACAAUGAACACCCAAGGCCUCCAAAUGGACAAUGGCAGCAACAAGGUUCUUAUGGCCCUAUCUACAAUACUCCACCAUUUAAUCAGUAUCAAUAUCAUUUUCAUCCUUAUAUGCCUGCAACAUUUAUGCCUCAGAUGGCUCAACCAAGAGGGCAAUGGAGUGAUCAGAGAGGAUUUUCACAAUGAA